ACAGCUGCUCUGCAGGGUCCUACUGCCCGCCUGGUCCAGGGAUUUAAUAUCUCCAAAGCUCAGGUCCCUUUUUACUCCUCAUGCCUGUACCAUCCUGACAGCUGAGCCCAUCUUCUGCAGUUCCUCCUGGCGGACCGUCCCCCUCGGCCCCUUCUCCCCGCCAUGGAGAAGACAGACCGCCUCCUUCUCUUUGCCGUGGUUUCCCUCUUCUGGAAUGGAGGAAAUUCAUGCUACAAUGAGGAUAAACUCUCAUCUCCCACAGGGAGCAGCAAAACCAACACAGAAGAGAAGCUCAUGGAUUUCCUUCUGAAGGAGCAAAAAUAUAAUAAAUUAAUUCGCCCGGCUACCAACUCCUCACAGUUGGUGUCUAUUGAGUUGCAGGUGUCACUAGCCCAGCUCAUCAGUGUGAAUGAACGCGAACAGAUCAUGACCACAAACGUCUGGCUUAAACAGGAGUGGACUGACUAUCGUCUGGCCUGGGACCCGAGUAAAUACCAGGGAGUGAAGAUCCUGAGGAUCCCCGCCAAGUGUAUCUGGCUGCCCGAUAUUGUACUUUACAAUAAUGCGGAUGGCACAUACGAAGUUUCCCUGUACACGAAUGCAGUGGUCAGAUUCAACGGCAGCAUCUUCUGGCUACCCCCAGCCAUCUACAAAAGCGCCUGCAAAAUCGAAGUCAAGCACUUUCCUUUCGAUCAACAAAAUUGUACCCUGAAAUUUCGGUCCUGGACCUAUGACCACACCGAGAUCGACUUGGUCCUGAAGAACGCCAUGGCCAGCAUGGACGACUUCACCCCGAGCGGGGAAUGGGACAUCGUCGCCCUCCCCGGGAGGCGGACCGUCAACCCGCUCGACCCCAGCUACGUCGACGUGACGUACGAUUUCAUCAUUAAAAGAAAGCCGCUGUUUUACACCAUCAAUCUCAUCAUUCCUUGCGUGCUGAUCACCUCUCUGGCAAUUCUGGUGUUCUAUCUGCCUUCAGACUGUGGGGAAAAGAUGACCCUUUGCAUCUCGGUGUUGCUGGCCUUGACGGUGUUCUUGCUCCUGAUCUCCAAAAUCGUCCCCCCGACAUCUCUGGACGUCCCGCUGAUUGGGAAGUACUUAAUGUUCACCAUGGUGCUGGUGACCUUCUCCAUCGUUACCAGCGUCUGCGUCCUCAAUGUGCACCACAGGUCUCCCAGCACUCACAGUAUGCCUCCCUGGGUCAAGCUGGUUUUCCUCAAGAGGCUGCCCACGUUCCUGUUUAUGAAUCGUCCCGAAAAUCACCCAGCCAGACAAAGGCCCGGCCCCCGGCGAAGGAACAGGGCUGAAGCCACCAGCCCAGCGGAGCUCUACAAGAACUCCAUGUACUUUGUGAACCCGGCCUCGGCCGGGAAGAUCCAAGAUACCGCCGACGGCACUGGGGGCCAGCGGGAUUUCCGGUUAAGGUCGUCGAAGAAAUAUCAACCUGAAGUCCAGGAGGCCAUCGAUGGGGUCAGCUUCAUAGCGGAGCACAUGAAAAGUGACGACAGUGACCAGAGCGUCAUUGAAGAUUGGAAAUAUGUCGCCAUGGUAGUGGAUAGACUGUUUCUCUGGAUAUUUGUAUUUGUUUGUGUCCUCGGGACAGUUGGUUUAUUCCUGCCACCCCUCUUUCAGAAUCACUCUCCACCAGAGAGCCCAUAACCCACAUCUCACCCUGCAAAAUAUUCGGACAGAUGCAUAUCGUUGUGUACUAUAAGUGGUUUCUGGAAAUUUAUUUCAUCAUUUUCCAUAAAAAGUGGAAACUGACCCCUCUGGAACAUUGUUUCAAUCUUAUUAAAAUCCAAAUGUAACUGAGCUACAAAAAUGACCCAAUUUGCUAAAAUGCUCGAUGACAGCAGAAAUGAAAAAGCUACUUUAAUACUCUGUUGGGGACAAUUUUACCCCAAGAUCGCUAUUUUAUAGAAAACUAUUGCUAAGGGCAUUUGUUUCCUUCAAAGCGAGUCAACACUAGAUAGAUAUUCAAAGAUCAAACUUUGAAAAGUCACUGCUAGACAACAACCGUACCAUUUGCAAUUCCCCAGUUGGGGUCCUCUUAGAUAAAGCCAAAAAAAUCUACCGAGCGAUGACCCCCCCCAAACAACCUGUCAAAGAUUAAAUACCACAAAUCUCAGGAAGAAAGACCACAGCCUAAAUCAUGGAAGACCUUGCAUUUAUACCAUCUUUCCUCCCAAGAGUUCAAGUGCUUUAUUAUAUUGUUUUCAUCCCUGAAAUGGGGCUGGUUUUAUUUAUUUGAGGCACUAGAAAGUAAAAGAGUUUGUCCAAGGCCACCUAGUGAGUAAGUAAAGGCCCUGGGAAAGCCAGACUUCCUGGAAAAAAUUCAGUGCCCUAUCCACUAAAAGGCUCAGCGACUUGUGACCCUAUCCCACCUCCCCACCCUCAUCUGAUCUAAAAAAACCCUUCCAGCACAGACCGGAGAAGCAGCAUGGCCUAGA